AUGGCUAGGGCCCAACAGUUAUGUGGUAAACAUAAACAUACACAUAGACGUCAUCGUAAAUAUACCCAUAGUAGUUCUGAGACUUGCUUUUCCUCAGCCAGCGAUAACGAGGAUGGUGAAACGGUGAAGCAGAUGAAGAAGGGCAUUGCAAAUGUUAAACUACCCACCAUCCAAAUUCCUAAAUACAGUGGCGAAUUUGAAACCUGGCUUGAGUUCCGCGACGUUUACACAUCUCUCAUCCAUUCGAAUACAGCAAUUAGUGACAUACAAAAAUUCCAUUAUUUACGGGCUUCCCUGGAAGGCAGCGCUGCUCAGGUCAUUCGCGCGUUGGAAUUUUCUGCGUCCAACUAUACUUUAGCGUGGAAGUCUUUAUGCGAUCGGUUUGAUAAUACUAGGCUGUUAGUGCAAAAUCACGUUAAGGCUAUUUUUGAUGAAGAGGUGAUAAAAAAGGAAUCUGCUUCAUCCAUACGUAGGGUUUUAGAUGCAUGCAAUAAAAACCUACGAGCAUUAGAAAUUUUAGGGGAACCCGUAACCAGUUGGGACACAUUAAUUAUAUACAUCAUGGCAACAAAAUUAGAUGCGCGUACGCUUCGUGAAUGGGAGGAGCACAAAGUUACACACACAAAACUAACAUUAGAAAUAUUCACAAAUUUCCUUAAAAAUAGGGCAGAUGUAUUGGAAACCAUCGAAUUAAGUAACAACACAAGCAACAACAGACACGAGUCGUUAUCGAAGGGUACAAGUAGGCAUGUUCGAGGCUUAGCUACAGUGGUGCAACCUGGUUAUAAAAAACACAAAUGUCAUCUUUGUAAAUCGGAGCACCCCUUAUAUUUAUGUAAUGAAUUCGCACAAAUGAGCAUUACUGGUAGGGAACAGUUUGUUAGGCGAAUGAAAUUGUGCAGUAAUUGUUAA